AUGCUCGGCGGGGCUGUGGCACCGUGUGUGGCCAACCGCGUGUCGCUGCCGGCUUCUUUCUUCUCUCGCUUUGGCUUUCGCGGCGCACACAUUGUGUCAUCGAGCGCAAUCACGGAAGAACGUUCGCGCUGUUGCACGCCAACCGUGAACCACCCACGUGCUUGUGCGUCUUGGGUCCGGAGUUGUGCGUUUAUGUGGGCCAGGCGCAACACGCAGGCUGAGAGCGCGCUCCCGCUGUCGUCGGACGCCUUCCUCCAGCUGGCCGGGCGGGUCGCCGUGUGGAGGGAGCAGGUGGUGCGGGUCAUGGAGGCGGACGCCCAGGAGGCGAAGGCGGAGGCGAAGGCUCGGCAGAGGGAGCGCGUCGCUGCCAUCCUCGCGGGCACGGACGCUGCGGGCGCGGGCGCGGGGGUGGAGGAGGCGCUCAAUUGCUGGGAGGAGGAUGCGUACGAAGCGGAGACGCUGGAGGCGCUCGCCGAGUUCGGCGAUUGA